AUGUCUUUCUUUUUACAUCUCUCUCUCUCUUUCUCUCUCACCCUUUUCCAUGUCUCUUUAUUUUUUCGUUUUAUUCACUUUCUCACUCUCUCUUUCUUUCUACACCCCUCUCUCUCUCUGUCUCUCUGUCUCUCUGUCUCUCUCUCUCUCAUUUCUAUAUUCUCGUUUUUUCGCUUUAUUCAUUUUUGUACGAGAUUUCCCCACUCUCUUUCUUUCAACAUCUCUCUCUUUCUCUCUCACCCUUUUCCAUGUCUAUAUAUUUUUUCGUUUUAUUCACUUUCCCACUCUCUCUUUCUUUCUACCUCUCUCUCUCUCUCUCUUUCUCUCUCUCUUUCUCUCUCUCUCUCUCCCUCUCAUUUCUAUAUUCUCGUUUUUUCGCUUUAUUUCUUUUUUUGUACGAGAUUGCCCCACUCUCUUUCUUUCAACAUCUCUCUUUUUCUCUCUCACCCCCCUUUUCCAUGUCUAUAUAUUUUUUUCGUUUUAUUCACUUUCCCACUCUCUCUUUCUUUCCUCUCUCUCUCUCUCUCUCUCUCUCAUUUCUAUAUUCUCGUUUUUUUCCUUUAUUUCUUUUUUUUGUACAAGAUUGCCCCACUCUUUUCUUUCAACAUCUCUCUCUUCUCUCUCACCCUUUUCCAUGUCUCUAUAUUUUUUCGUUUUAUUCACUUUCCCACUCUCUCUUUCUUUCUACAUCUCUCUCUCUUUCUCUCUCUCUUUCUCUCUCUCUCUCUCUCCCUCACAUUUCUAUAUUCUCGUUUUUUUUGCUUUAUUUCUUUUUUGUACGAGAUUGCCCCACGCUCUUUCUUUCAACAUGUCUCUCUUUUUCUCUCACCCUUUUCCAUGUCUCUAUAUUUUUUCGUUUUAUUCACUUUUCCACUCUCUCUCUCUCUUUCUCUCUCUCUUUCUCUCUCUCUCUCUCCCUCUCAUUUCUAUAUUCUCGUUUUUUCGCUUUAUUUCUUUUUUGUACGAGAUUGCCCCACUCUCUUUCUUUCAACAUCUCUCUCUUUCUCUCUCACCCUUUUCCAUGUCUCUAUAUUUUUUCGUUUUAUUCACUUUCCCACUCUCUCUUUCUUUCUACCUCUCUCUCUCUCUCUCUCCCUCUCAUUUCUAUAUUCUCGUUUUUUCGCUUUAUUUCUUUUUUUGUACGAGAUUGCCCCUCUUUUCUUUCAACAUCUCUCUCUCUCUCUCUCACCCUUUCCAUGUCUCUAUAUUUUUCGUUUUAUUCACUUUCCCCUCUCUCUUUCUUUCCUCCUCUCUCUCUCUCUCUCUAUCUCCCUCUCAUUUCUAUAUUCUCGUUUUUUCCUUUUAUUUCUUUUUUUUGUACGAGAUUGCCCCACUCUUUUCUUUCAACAUCUCUCUCUUUCUCUCACCCUUUUCCAUGUCUCUAUAUUUUUUCGUUUUAUUCACUUUCCCACUCUCUUUCUUUUCUACCUUUCUCUCUCUCUCUCUCUCUCUCCUCCUCUCAUUUCUAUAUUCUCGUUUUUCCUUUAUUUCUUUUUUUUGUACGAGAUUGCCCCACUCUCUUUCUUUCAACAUCUCUCUCUUUCUCUCUCACCCUUUUCCAUGUCUCUAUAUUUUUUCGUUUUAUUCACUUUCCCACUCUCUCUUUCUUUCUACCUCUCUCUCUCUCUCUCCCUCUCAUUUCUAUAUUCUCGUUUUUCGCUUUAUUUCUUUUUUUUGUACGAGAUUGCCCCCCUCUCUUUCUUUCAACAUCUCUCUCUUUCUCACCCCCUUUUCCAUGUCUCUAUAUUUUUUCGUUUUAUUCACUUUCCCACUCUCUCUUUCUUUCUACCUCUCUCUCUCUCUCUCCCUCUCAUUUCUAUAUUCUCGUUUUUUCGCUUUAUUUCUUUUUUGUACGAGAUUGCCCCACUCUCUUUCUUUCAACAUCUCUCUCUUUCUCUCUCACCCUUUUCCAUGCCUAUAUAUUUUUUCGUUUUAUUCACUUUCCCACUCUCUCUUUCUUUCUACCUCUCUCUCUCUCUCUCUCCCUCUCAUUUCUAUAUUCUCGUUUUUUCGCAUUAUUUCUUUUUUGUACGAGAUUGCCCCUCUCUCUUUCUUUCAACAUCUCUCUUUCUCUCUCUCCCUUUUCCAUGUCUCUAUAUUUUUCGUUUUAUUCACUUUCCCACUCUCUCUUUCUUUCUAUCUCUCUCUCUCUCUCUCCCUCUCAUUUCUAUAUUCUCGUUUUUCCUUUAUUUCUUUUUGUACGAGAUUGCCCCACUCUCUUUUCUUUCAACAUCUCUCUCUUUCUCUCUCACCCUUUUCCAUGUCUCUAUAUUUUUUCGUUUUAUUCACUUUCCCACUCGCUCUUUCUUUCUACCUCUCUCUCUCUCUCUCUCCCCCUCUCAUUUCUAUAUUCUCGUUUUUCCUUUAUUUCUUUUUUGUACAGAUUGCCCACUAUCUUUCUUUCAACAUCUCUCUCUUUUUCUCUCACCCUUUUCCAUGUCUCUAUAUUUUUCGUUUUAUUCACUUUCCCACUCUCUCUCUCUCUUCUCUCUCUUUUCUCUCUCUCUCUCCCCCUCUCAUUUCUAUAUUCUCGUUUUUUUUCUUUUAUUUCUUUUUGUGCAGUUGCCCACUCUCUUUCUUUCAACAUCUCUCUUUCUCUCUCCCCUUUUCCAUCUCUCUAUGUUUUUCGUUUUAUUCACUUUCCCACUCUCUCUUUCUAUCUACUCUCUCUCUCUUUUCUCUCUCUCUUUCUCUCUCUCUCUCCCUCUCAUUUCUAUAUUCUCGUUUUUCCUUUAUUUCUUUUUUGUACGAGAUUGCCCCCUCUCUUUCUUUCAAACUCUCUCUCUCUCACCCUUUUCCAUGUCUCUAUAUUUUUUCGUUUUAUUCACUUUCCCACUCUCUCUUUCUUUCUGCAUCUCUCUCUUUCUCUCUCACUCUUUUUCGUUUCUUUUUUUCGUUUUAUUCACUUUCCCUCUCUCCUUUUCUUUCUACCCCCCCGUCUCUCUCUCUCCUAGAUUUCUCUCUUUUUUCGUUUUAUUCAUUUUUCUACGAGAGUUUCCCACUCUCUCUUUUUUAUACCUCUCUCUCUCUCUCUUGCCCUCUUUCUCUCUCCCUCCCUUUUUUUUUCACGCCAAUAUCGCCCUUUCAUCCCUCUCUAGCCACGUGCAUACAGGCAUCCUGGCCGAAAUGAACAAAGCCGUCUUGACCAUCACUUUGGCCAGUUAUUCCGGUCCUCUGACCUCCAGAUGUGGCGUGGGCAAAUGUGGUAACGCUCCGACAAUCCGAAUUCGGCCGACGCACGUUAGUCUGUAG